AUGGUAAAAUCAUUCGCCGGUAGAUCAAUGAAGAAAGCAGUAGAGGAAACUGUAGCUGCUGAAAAUGGUACAGAAUUAAUGGUUAGUGGAGAUGGAUUCUGGCAGACUCGAGGUUUUCAAAGCAGACAUGGUGCGGCUGCUCUUUUAUCUUGUAACACAACAUCAAAAGUACUGGAUAUAGAAACAUGCAAAACAAGUCCGAAGGUUGUUGCAUCAGAUCGCCGAGACAUCAACGUAAGAUCACAAAUAGCUGGUCAUUUAUGUGGUAUCAGACAUGCUGGAUUGGUGAAAUUAAUGGGUGCUAUGAAUUUACCGAGUCCCAUUCAAGAUGAAAGAUAUUCCAAAUGGGAUAGAGAUUUACUAAUUAUGGUAAAAUCAUUCACCGAAAGAUCAAUGAAGAAAGCAAUAGAGGAAACUGUAGCUGCUGAAAAUGGUACAGAAUUAAUGGUUAGUGGAGAUGGAUUCUGGCAGACUCGAGAUUUCCAAAGCAGACAUGGUGCAGCUGCUCUUAUAUCUUGUAAUGCAACACCAAAAGUACUGGAUAUAGAAACAUGCAGUAAAACAUGCAAUACUUGCAUGGGUGCACUGUCUAUUAAAAAAUCCGAUCCAGCUAAAUAUGAUAAAAUUAUUAAAUCGCAUCGAUGUGAAAAAAAUUAUGAAAAAAGCUCCGGAACAAUGGAAUCUGCUGCUAUUCUUAUUAUGUUCAAACGAUCAGUUUCAAAAUAUGGAGUUUACUAUACUAAGUACGUUGGUGAUGGUGAUUCAAAAACUUUUCCAGUGCUUUCAAAAAUCGUACCUUAUCCAGGAAAAGAAAUAAAAAAAAUCGAAGACUUGAAUCAUUUUAGCAAAAGAAUGAAACGAGCAUUAGAAACAAUAAAACGUCAACAUGGAAGAAAAAAAUUAUCUGAUGGUAAAACAAUUGGUGGUAAAAAUCGUCUAUCUGGUGAGUCUUUCUAA